AUGAGCAUGGGGGGUUCAACUUCUGAAUCUCCAACCAAUUCAACAACCCCUUCCUUUGAAAAUGAUCUUCUCAGUUAUUCGUUUCUAAAUCUGGACCUCUACACAGAUGAUGAUGUUGAUGUUGAUGAUGAAGUAAUUAGGGCGUGUAACCAUGUCAAUAAUAUUUCUUCUGAUGAGGGCAACAAUGUCGUAGUCAAUGGCUGUGUAGGCUCAUCUUCUAACACCGAUGUCUCUUCUGAUGCACGUUCCACAAGGAGCUCUGAUAAUUGGUCUCCCAAUUCAGGUGAUCACACACAACAACGAUUCUUUGCAUUGCCAAUGGUUGAUCAAGAUAAUAUCUGGACAUAUCAUCAAAAUCCUACCUAUGGACAAGAUGCUCUACUUUGGAACCGGAAUUCUGCUAUGAAUGGGAAUCAGUAUUUUAAUCCAGAGAGUCAAAAUUUAUGUGACAGUGAUAGUAAUACUCAUCAUCAAUUUGGUGCUACUACAAACUAUGGUACUGGUUAUUUCGGUAAUGGCGGGUACCAUGGUACCAAUGGUUGUGUUGGAGAGUGGUCUGAACCAAUACCUGAGUUGUUUUGGCCUGGAUACAACAUAAUUACGCUGGCUAAAGAUAAAGAACGGUCCCGAGACUUGCAGAAUCUUUUGAAAAGUGAGAGUUAUUAUGCAGAUUUGAUACUUAUGAGGGUACUCGACUCUAUGUUGGAGCUGAUGAUAGACAAACAAGGACAUCAUGUCUUUGAAAAAUUAGUUGAAGCAUACACAGGCAGAUAUGAUCAGUUGCAAUUGAUUGUGGACAAAAUUAUCUUACAACCCUGUUCACUUACGGAUGCAGCAUGUAAUCAAUAUGGCUCACAUUCAAUUCAAAAACUCAUCAAACAGUUAAAGAAGUCACCCUUGGCCUUCAAGAUGACAAAAGCUCUAUCUACCGGAUUUUAUGAUUUGAUGAUCGAUAAAACAGGCAAGCAUGUUAUUUUGCAGUGCUUCACUGCAUUGGAUUAUAAGGCAAAUCAGGUAUUAUAUCUAGAAGCAAUAGGGAAUUGUGUGGCAUUAGCCACACACCCAGAGGGAUGUAUAUCCCUGAAUGAUUGCAUUAACUGCAUAACAGGUGAUCACAGACAGUACCUUCUAGGCGUUAUCUCUCAUAACUCGGUUUACCUUUCGUAUGAUCCUUCAGGGAACUAUGUGGUGCAACAUGUCCUAGGACUCCAUAACCAAGAUUUAACUCUUGAUAUUUGCAAUCGUCUCCGAGGACACUAUACAGGGCUCUCAAUGAUACAAAAUGGUAGCCACGUAGUUGAGAAAUGCAUAAGGUUGUCCAAAGAAGGGAUGCAUUAUGUGGUUGAAGAUUUUAUACAGAGCAACAACCUUCAAGAGCUUGCUCGACAUAGAUUUGGUAAUUAUGUGAUCCAAACAGCUUUAAAGACCACAAAGAAAGCCGAUAUAGAUCUUUAUAAAUCUCUUGCAAGCGCCCUCCAACCACAUUUGUCAACUCUGCAGAACUGUAAGCCUGGAGGACAAAAUGUGGUUAAACUGAUUAGAGGUGGCUUCUGA